UCCAGUGUGAGAGGAGGGAAGCCAUUACAGGUGGCAUUUAUUGGUCUUGCGUAACUCCUCCUUCCUUCCAUCCUCCUCAUAAGAUGAUGGAGCUGCAGGAGGAGAACACAACAAUCCAAAUACAAGAAGAUGCCGCACCCAUCAGCGACUGGGUAGCAGACAUCACGAAUGAUUACGACGACUACGUUUCUUUAGGAACUAGAGGUGGUGGGCAGUCGGUCAAGUGCAUUUUCAAAUGGCCGCAUGAUCUUGUGCAACUUCUGGGGAAAGGCAUCGAUCAUGAACCUAAGCUGGUAGCCAUUGGGCCUUACCACCACGGCCGAAGGGACCUGCAGCCUAUGGAGGAUCACAAGAAGAAAGCGCUUUUUAGAGUGCUCAGCUUGAGCCCCGGAGUUAAAGUAUCUAGCUUCGUGGAAGCCCUCAAACAACGGGAGCAGGAGCUCCGCGAUCAGUAUGACGAGUUGGACACAAGAAACUGGCCAUCGGAUUCUUUCAUAAAGAUGAUGCUUCUCGAUGGCUGCUUCCUGCUUGACAUGCUUUUUCCAUUGGACGCAUUUGUGGAACCGCCCUUGGACCAGUCCAUCAACAAUCAGCUGUUUGACACCUAUCGCGAGAAUGUGCUCGUUCGGGAUGUAUUUUACUUGCUGGAGAAUCAAAUUCCCGGCCUCGUCUUGGAUGUGUUGGUUAAGGUAGGAAACUGCAAAUAUUUCCCAGACCCAUCCAAGGGGCCGCUGCUUCAUGAGGCUUUACACCUUCUAGACUAUGUGAGGAGGAGGUUUAUGUUGGAUCCUAAGGCAUUUAUUGACGGCGAGUCAUGUGACAGCCCCUCAAAUGUUCCAGAGAGGCAGGCGUCAGUCUCCGGCCAACCGGUUGAUCGUCCGAGCACUGGUAUCAUUGCAAUCCUCCCCAAGAAAAAAAAGUUUGUGCGGUCUGCGAGGAAGCUUGAGGCCGCGGGAGUCAUCUUCAAGAAGUUAAAGGAUAGCAAUAACGUGUUCCACCUGAGCUUCAGUGGGGGAGUUCUCUCCCUCCCUGAGUUCGAGCUGAACGAGACAUCAGAGGGACUAUUGAUGAACAUGGUGGCCUUCGAGCGAAUGCACCCAGAGUCUGACGGAGGCGUCACGUCCUUCAUGUCCUUCAUGGAUGCUAUCAUAGACACUGCCGAAGACGUGAGCAUUUUGGGAAAGGCAGGAAUCGUGACCAAUAAUCUGGGGAGCGAUGAGGCGGCUGCCAAAAUCUUCAACAAGCUCGGCGUGGUUGAGAUGUUUAGUCCCUUUGAUAAGGUCCUGGAGGAGGUGGUGACUUAUGCAUCCGCUCCUCACCAUGGGUGGCGGGCGCACUUCGAGGAUAAAUACUUAGCUAACCCGUGGACCAUUCUCUCACUCACUGGCGCCCUUUGCCUCUUAUUUCUAACCGCCCUCCAAACAGUAUACACUGUCUUCUCCUAUUACCCACACUAAUAGCUCAGGCAAGUAGAGAAAGGUCUGUUUGCCUAUGUGCUACAGUCGCCAGUGCACAAUCUCGCCAAGUAAGAGUUUGUUCUCGCCAAGUAAGAAGCCGUGGGUUGUAAGAGCUCCGCAUUAGGCCAGACUGAAAAGGCCUGUCGGUUGCCAGCUUGGUAUUUCUCUUAAUUUUGCUUAGCCAUUUUAUUUUUCAGCUAUAAUUUUAUUUCCAUAACAUUAUAAAUUGUGUACCGCUAGUUCUUGUAUGGUGGUGUUUGCUUAUGUUUUGAUUUGGUGCACCAAUUUGAAGAACAAAUUGGAUA